AUGGACGUUGGGCAGAAGGUAGAGGAAAAUGAGGCUCGGCAGAACCCAGGGCAGAAGAAUUCGGGGUGCAUCCGUACUACGCCUGAAGAACUGGAGGAUUUCAGUACUCCGGACUUCACAAUUUACAAUGCUGGCCAGUUUUCAUUUAAUCGAUACACACACUACAUGACUACCUCCACCAGCAUUGAUCUUCAUCUUGAUAGGAAAGAAAUGGUCAUCCUUGGCACACAGUAUGCCGGGGAGAUGAAGAAGGGUUUGUUCGACGUGAUGCACUAUCUAAUGCCUAAAAGAAACAUUCUCUCCCUGCACUCUAGCAACAAUAUGGGCAAAGAUGGUGAUGUUGCCCUUUUCUUUGGACUAUCAGGCACAGGGAAAACUACUCUGUCUACAGACCACAACAAGCUUCUUAUUGGCGAUGAUGAGCAUUGCUGGAGUGAAAAUGGUAUUUCAAACAUUGAAGGAGGUUGCUAUGCAAAAUAUAUCAGCCUAACAAAGGAGAAGGAACCUGACAUUUGGAAUGCCAUCAAAUUUGGAACCGUGUUGGAAAACAUCGUUUUCGAUGAACACACUAGGGAAGUAGACUACUCUGAUAACUCUAUUACUGAGAACACUCGAGCUUCAUAUCCAAUUGAGUAUAUUCCUAAUGCGAAGAUACUGUGUGUUGGUCCGCACCCUAAGAAUGUCAUCCUCUUGGCAUGUGAUGCUUUUGGCGUGCUUCCACCAGUUAGCAAACUUACUUUACCGCAAACAAUGUAUCACUUCAUCAGCGGUUACACUGCUCUGGUGCAUAGUCCAUUGCAUCAAGCACAUCGUCGGGCAAUUCGUGAGGCUUGA